UCGCUGCGCUGUGGCUGACACUCAAUUUUCAUCGCACGCAAACGCGGGUAAGUCGUCCAGUUGGAAUUCAGCCAGCAGCAGGAAAACUCCAGAGAGAUGUCGCUAUCAGUGGAAACAGUGCCCACAACGAUCUACGAGGGUCAAAAGCCAGGCACCAGUGGCUUGCGCAAAAAGGUAAAAGUUUUUACCCAACCCCAUUACACUGAGAACUUUGUCCAGGCCAUUUUGGAGGCCAAUGGAGCUGCUCUGGCCGGUUCCACUUUGGUGGUUGGCGGCGAUGGACGUUUCUACUGCAAGGAGGCCGCCGAGCUGAUUGUCCGUCUCUCCGCGGCCAAUGGUGUUUCUAAGCUGUUGGUGGGUCAGAACGGCAUCCUGUCCACCCCCGCAGUGUCCAGCCUGAUUCGUCACAACAAGGCCUUGGGUGGUAUCGUCCUGACCGCCUCCCACAACCCUGGUGGCCCGGAGAAUGACUUCGGCAUCAAGUUCAACUGCGAGAACGGAGGCCCCGCCCCCGAUGCCUUCACCAACCACAUCUACAAGAUCACCACAGAGAUCAAGCAGUACAAGCUGGUGCGCAACCUCCAGAUCGACAUCUCCAAGGUGGGAGUGACCAGCUUCGACAUCGCUGGAAAAGCCUUCACCGUGGAGGUGAUUGAUUCGGUGGCCAACUAUGUCCGUCACAUGGAGGAGAUCUUCGACUUCGCCAAGCUGAAGGACUUCGUGAGUGGCAAGGCCACAGGGAAGCCCCUGAAGAUGCGUAUCGAUGCCAUGAACGGCGUGACUGGAUCCUAUGUCCGGGAAAUCUUUUUGAACCGCCUGGGAGCCUCAGAGGCAUCUGUGGUUCACACCACUCCGCUGCCGGACUUCGGUGGCCUGCACCCGGAUCCUAAUCUGACAUAUGCCAAGGAUCUGGUGGAGACUGUGGCGAAGGGCGACUACGACAUUGGAGCUGCCUUCGAUGGCGAUGGCGACAGGAACAUGAUCAUCGGCAACAAGGCGUUCUUCGUGACUCCCAGUGAUUCCCUGGCGGUGAUUGCCCACUACCUCGAGGCUAUUCCCUACUUCCAGAAGAAUGGAGUCCAGGGCUUCGCUCGCAGCAUGCCCACCGCCUCGGCGGUCGAUUUGGUUGGCAAGAAGCUGGGCAAGGAGGUCUUCGAGGUGCCCACCGGAUGGAAGUACUUUGGCAACCUGAUGGACGCCGGAAGGCUGUGCCUGUGCGGAGAGGAGAGCUUCGGCACUGGCUCUAACCACAUCCGCGAGAAGGACGGUAUCUGGGCCGUGCUGGCCUGGAUUUCGGUGAUGCAGCACACCGGCAAGGGCAUCGAGGACAUCCUCAAGCAGCACUGGUCCGUGUAUGGUCGCAACUACUUCACCCGGUACGACUACGAGGAGUGCGCUUCCGAUCCCUGCAACGAGAUGGUGUCCACCAUGGAGAAGACCAUCACUUCGCCCGAGUUCGUGGGCAAGAGCUUCUCCAGCGGAGGAAAGACGUACAAGGUCAAGGAGGCCGACAACUUUAGUUACACGGAUCCCGUUGACAAGUCGGUGGCCACCAAGCAGGGUCUCCGCAUCGUCUUCGAAGACGGCAGCCGUAUUGUGGUGCGUCUUAGUGGAACUGGAAGCUCUGGAGCCACCGUGCGCUUGUACAUCGACUCCUACGAGAAGGACAAUGUCUUGGGACAGGCUGCUGUUAUGUUGAAGCCACUGAUCGACAUUGCCCUGGAGAUCUCGCAACUGCCCAAGUUCACAGGCCGCAACGCUCCCACCGUCAUAACGUAAGGAGCCUGGCCUGGCCUGGAACAGAUUCCUGAGAUUAUCCACUAAAGCCCCUCCAUCGAAAAUCUCCCAAAGUACCUCAGCGAGGCAUUUCCUUGUUAUGUUUCGGAUUUAUUAAAGUUUGUGUAGCCCAAA